CAUAGUUUUAUGUGUACUUGGCCCCAGCCAAAUUGGAAAUUGACGAACAAGUUUAUUGUAUUUUGUGUAGUUACCUACCCUUUCAUUCAAUAUUUUCAACGAAGUUAGUUACUUGUUUCUUAAAUUCUUUGAACAUGGAAUACACGAACAAGGACUUUCCUGUACUCAAGAACGAUAGACUGUUAAAAGCUGCGUUUGGUAAAGAAGUGGACAAAGUACCUGUAUGGGUUAUGCGACAAGCCGGUCGUUACUUGCCAGAGUUUCAAGAAGUUCGGUCUAAACACGAUUUUUUUACUGUAUGUCGGACUCCUACGCUGGCGUGUGAAGUCACUUUGCAGCCGUUGCGUCGAUAUGGACAUUUGGAUGCAUCUAUUAUAUUCAGCGAUAUUCUCGUCAUACCACAAGCUUUAGGCAUGACUGUUGAAAUGCAUCCUGGAGUGGGUCCAGUAUUCCCAAACCCAAUGACCGAUCCUUCAGAAAUUGACUUGUUAAAGGAAGAAGGUGCAGUGUCUAGAUUGGCAUACGUAGGAGAUGCUAUAACAUUGACAAGACACAAAAUUGAGGGAAAAGUACCUCUAAUUGGAUUUACAGGAGCUCCAUUUACAUUAAUGGGAUACAUGAUAGAAGGUGGUGGCAGCAAAACAAUGUCUAAAACCAAAGAAUGGCUGGAGAAGUACCCAAAGGAUGUUCACAAACUACUCAGCUUGCUUACAAGAGUUAUUAUCGAUUAUCUUGUGAUGCAGGUGGAAAGUGGAGCACAGCUUCUUCAAGUGUUUGAGUCCAGUGCAGACCAUUUGACCAGAGAACAAUUCAUUGAAAUUUCAGCCCCAUAUCUGAAAGAUAUCAGAAGUGGGGUAAAGAAGCAACUUGAUGACAAAAAAAUAGAUCAAGUUCCAAUGACAGUGUUUGCAAAAGGCGGUGGACAUUCCUUAGACAUACAAGCCCAAUUGGGAUAUGAAACAAUCGGCCUCGACUGGACUAUCAAUCCAGUUGAAGCAAGAAAGAUAAUUGGUGACAAUGUCACGUUACAGGGGAACUUGGAUCCUCAAGAUUUGUAUAAGUCACCAGAGGAAAUCAAAAGGUUAACAAUAGAGAUGGUGCAGAAGUUUGGAAAGCACAGGUAUAUAGCAAACUUAGGGCAUGGCAUUACACCUCAAACUCCAUUGGAAAGCAUGACUGCCUUUACAGAAGCUGUCCAUGAGGCUUUAUAAAAUUGUUGGUUAUUU